CUUCUCCACAGGAGCCAGGCCAAUGACCUGGCUCAGCUAAUUGCUCGCAUGCAGAAGAAUGCGGAUCGAGUGGAGAAGGACAUCCUAAGUGCAGAAGAUCUGCUGGCUGUGGACGCCCAGCGUGAGGGGAGGAACCAAAAACUGAUCCACCAGAAGGAGAACUCAGACAACCUGGCGGAAGCCGAGGGCCUGCUGAAGGACCUCUUUAUGGACGUGGACAAGGCUAAGCGUCUGAAGCACCCGCAGGCCAACGAAAUAGAUCGAGAUGUGAGGAAUCUUCACGACCGCUGGGUGAAGGACUGCGCUACCUACAGAGAUCUGUACGAUCAGGUGCAAGACUUGGUGCCUGUGUCAAGAAUAGACUGGGGUACCGCGUUGGAGGAAAAACAGCGGCGUUUAGACACUGAAGGAUACGGUCAGAGUCUUUCUGAUGUUGAAAAACAAAUAGCGGCUCACAACAUUCUGCAUAAAGAAAUUGAGGCCUACAGCGAGCAGUUGAAGCCCAGCACGUCUUCCCAGGGCCAAUAUGCCACGCUUAAAGACAAAUACGAUCAACUGUUGGAGAGCUCCAUAAAGAGACGCAACCACCUGGCCUCUCUGUACGAAUACAUGCAAAGUUGCAGCAAAGAGCUAGACUACCUGUCUCAGCAGAAGGACAGGAUCCUGCAAAGAGACUGGAGCGAUCGCAUGGCUGACCCACCGAGCGUCCGCAUGGAGUAUGAGAAAUUCAAAAGCAAUGGGCUGCUUUCACAUGAGAGUGAAGUCAACCAGCUCCUGGAAGAAGCAGACCGUUUGGCAGACAAAAGACAUCCUGGCAAUUCGGCAAUAAUGGCACAUAAAAGCACAGUGCAGAGUGGAUGGCAGUCCUUCCUCAACUUGUGUCUAGCACAGGAAGCCCACCUGGACAACGUUGAAGAGUACCGGAAGUUCCAGCUGGAUGCAGAGACCUUGGCCGAGUCCCUGGACAGACUCACCCAAAAUUUAGACCCCAAGUUAUUGGACAGCAAGAGCAAAUCAGAGGCACUCUUGGAACUUCAGGGAGACGAGCCAGCGGUGAAGAGGAACGAGCAGCGCCUGGCGGCCCUCAGAGAGCUCAGUCAAGGCAUAGCGCCUCUGAAGCUACGUCGGAGCAAUCUCACCAAACCUACGAAAGUCGUAGCUCUGUGCGACUGGGACGAUGAAAAUGGAACUGUGCGGCGUGGUGAUGAGCUCACGCUAAAGUCAAUCUAUGAUAAGGAAAAGUGGGAGUUGCAGGAUAGCAGCAAGAAAACCAAAAGGCUGCCAGGAGCAUGUUUCAUGGUCCCACCACCUGACCCUGAGGCCCUGGAGAAAGUUAACAGUUUUGAGAGAAAGCUGUUAAACCUGAAGAAUCAGAGAUCAGCUAUUAUGAACUCACUGAAGACCCCCGUCGUGGAGGUGGAUCGACCUCAGCGUGCAGUUUCUGUACAAAGUGUGCAAGAAGACCCCAAAGCUACAUUGCUAGCCAGACAAAUAGAUGAGCUUCACUACAAUCUGGAUCUUUGUAAAACGGACAUCGAGAAACGACUGAGAGCUCCUCUGGACAACCGCAACCCUGCACUAGACCUGGAAAACAGGCUGCAAGAUCUUAAGAAAUCUUCACUGACGGCAAGGAAGCUCGAGUCAGAGAGAGCUGCAAUUCAGAGAGACAUGGACACUAUUUUGGCCAAGAAACCAUUUGGACCCAAUGCCGCAAUCCUGCCGCUCAAACUCUCUGCUGCCAACACCAAAAUGGACGACAUCUACAGCCUUAUUGAUCUUUACGACAAAAAAGCUUCGGCCUCGAUGUUCUUGGAGAAGCAAAUGCAGAAGGUAGAAGGCAUGGUCUCCGGUUUCGAACAGAAGCUUGCGAAAGAUGGCAUCAUUCCCAACCAAGCAAAUGCCCUGACAAGUCGCAGCCGUCAGCUGCAGGACAUCCGCCAGGAAGUUCUCUCAAACAAGGAUGAGUUGACAACAUUAGGCAGAGACUUGGAUCUUACAAAGCAAGCGUGCAGUACCCUGCAGCAGAAUUUCAACGUAUACUGCCCUGACAUUCGACGCCAGGAGAGCGAAGUGAAACAUCUGAAAAACCGCUUCACCAAUGUCAGUAAUCAGCUACAGGACAGGUCUACCCUCAUACAGGAAGCUAGUAAUAAAAACCAAGACUUCCAGAAUGCUACUCAGUUGCUGGAUUUCUUUUUGGUCAAUUUACCAAAUAACACAAUAGAACCGACUGACAACAUGGCUGAGAUAACAGGCAAACACAACUCCCAGAGGAAAGUGAUGGAGGACAUUAACAGGAAGUCAGAUGAUGUGCGCCGGAUCAAAGCUCUCUCACGUGAACUCCAAAGCACCUUAACUGAAUACGAGCUCAAAGCAAAAACAUACCGCUGCAUUUUGAAUGAAGACGAUGAUGAAGAUGAUGACGAUGACAAUGAAGAACCCAUUUUGAAAAAUCGUCAAACCUCAACGAUGGCCCAGGCGGUGCAGAUGAAGGAAAAAGAUUUACUGAACCGUUUCGCUGAGGUGUCUGCAGAGAAUGAGCAGCUUCUCAAUCAGAUGGCCACCGCUAAGAACAUCAUUCGUAGGAACGAAGAAAAAGCCAGCAGUGUUGUUGUCAAUCAGCAGCUGCAACUACAAAGCCAGAUGAAGGAUUUGGAAGAGGCCGAGAUCAUGAAGAAAGAACUGAAUGAGGAGAAGUCUCGUCGCUUACAUGCUGAAAAUGACCUGGAAACAUACAGACAAAGAUACCUGUUAUUGAAGAGCAGGAGAGGGGUGGAAAGGUUAGAGGAGAAGGAGGUGGUGCAGUAUUAUCGUGACCCAAAAGUGGAAGCAGAACUAAAGGCUCUGAAAAACAGGGUCCAAGAUGAAGGAUUGAAGAAAUCGAGAACCCAUUCAGAAAUUGACAUUCUAAAUCAGAAAAUCGUGAUUGUAGAAAAACAGCUCUCUGGUGUUGAACCUAAACUCUUAACCAAAGUAGUCACAGAAUAUGAAAGAGACCCACAGCUGGAAAAAGAAGCGUUACGGAUUCAAACUGAGAUUCAGAAGAUACGCCUGGAACUCCAAACAAGAGAGUCAGAGACCAUUCAUGUGAAAAAAGAGUUUAGUCUCCUGUCUCAGCAGAAACAGAAAAUCAAAGAGAAAGUUGUAAAGAAGGAAGUGGUGAGGCUGGAAAAGGAUCCCGAAAUGUUAAAAGCUGUUUUCGCAUUCAAAAAUGAAAUUGCAGCAGAAGAAGCACAUUGUCUGUCGCUCAAUGACAGCAUUUUUAGCAUUAGGAGUCAGAUCAAUACACUAGAGAGGAUCAUUCCCACCAUCGAACCAAAAAUUGUCACGAAAGUCGUAAAGAAAGUACAACAAGAUCCAGAACUGGUGAGUGAGUCAAAGAAACUACAUAUGGCCUUGGAGGAAGAGAAGGACGAAAAUGUUAUUUUGUUGAAAGACUUGACCACGCUUCAGCUGAGAUACGGUGAAGUGGAGAAACUGCGCCCUAAAUUUGAAGUCAAAGAGGUGAUCAAUGAGAUUUUCCGAGUGGAUCCACAGACAGAAAUGGAGCUGCAACGUCUGAAUAAAGAUCUGCAGGAAUGUGGACGAAGACGCACCAUUUUAGAGAAAGAAACCGAGGUGUUGUUGACCUCUCUGACCACGCUGCGUUCUCAGAAACCCAAAGUUGAAUACAAAGAAGUGACCCAGGAGGUUAUCAAAGAAGAGAAAAGUCCCGAAAUCAUUAGAGAGUUACAGCGGCUGAGCAACCAGGUUUCACGUCUUAAAGUCAACUUUGACACGACUCUGGAGUUGCUGUUGCACUUACGUAAAGAAAGAGAUGAACUGAAAGCUGAAAAAUCCAAAGUGGAGACCAAACUUGUGAAUAAAGAGGUUAUCAAAUAUGAGACCGAUCCCCUGUUGGAAAAAGAGGUUAACAGACUCCGGAGGACCGUUAGAGAAGAGACUCAACAACGUCGCAAUGUGGAGGAAUCUCUCUUUGACCUUCAGAAUCAAUACAUUAUUCUUGAGCGGCAGAAGCCAGAGGAGAAGACAGUGGUACAGGAAGUUGUGCGUCUUCAGAAGGACCCCAAGCAGAUACUGGAGCACGAGAGGUUAAACAAGGCUCUAGAUGAUGAAGUCAAAGGUCGAAGAAAGCUUGAAAUCGAGGUGAGACAGCUCCGAGCCCUGGUUCAAGAAAAGGAAACCACUGUGGCUCAGAUGGAUGAACGCCAGAAGAAGAUCCAGAUUGAAUCAGAGCUACGGCAGAUCAAAGCUCAGAUUCAUGAAUUUGAGACUACUCCAAAACCUGUUGAGGAAAAGAUUGUCAUUGAAGAAGUCCUGAAAGUGGAGAGGGACCCAAAACUGGAGAAACUCAUGGAUGAUAUACGUGUUGAGAUGGAAGGAGAAGCAAACUUACUCAGUCGCCUACAGAGAGAAAUCAGCAGCCUGAAGAUGAAGCUGGAAAUGCUGGAAAAGGAAAAGACAACAGAAAAGAUUGUUUACAGAGAAGUUGUGCGUGUGGAGAAGGACCCGGCAGUGGAAGCUGAGAGGGAGCAUUUGAGAGAUCUUGUUGUGCAGGAGAGAAAUAUGAGACGUGACAAAGAAGACAAUCUUCAGAGCUUUAGAAUUAAAAUUUCCCAUCUGGAGACAUCCGUAUCUGUUAUUUCUCAAGAGGAGACAACUCUAAUCGUCACCAGAAAUAACCUCCAAAUGGAGAAAGAAGACCUUCUGAAACAACUCAAAAUGCUUGAGGUUGAAAGGCAGAACAUCAGCAUCAAUUUCCAGCAACAGUCCAAGCUCAUGAGUGAGAGAACUCAAAUAGCUAAGCAGAGGAGUCUUAAGGCAUCCUCUGAAAUCCAGCGCCUGGAGAAUGAGAUCCUUAAUGAAAAAGACAAACACCACCAAAAGGAGGUUCUAAUUAUGGAGUUGAAAGAAAGUGUCAGAAAGGAGGAUCAGGCUGAAACUCACACCAGAGAGACAAACCUCUCGACAAGAGUCACCAUCUUAGAUCCCGACACUGGUAAAGACAUGGCUCCCUACGACGCCUAUUUGAACGGGUUAAUAGACCGCAACCAGUACAUAAACCUGUCAGAACUGGAGUGUGAUUGGGAAGAAAUCACAUCCACCGGUCCAGAUGGGGAUUCAACAAUUCUGCAAGAUCGUAAGAGUGGGAGGCAGUACGCUGUCAAAGAUGCCCUGAGAGAUGGCCGCUUGACCCAGUAUGAUGUAAUGCGCUACAAGGAGGGCAAAAUGCCCAUUUCCGAAUUUGCUCUUCUUGUGGCGGGGGAAACGAGAAAACCUUUUGUUCCCCCAUUAACAAGCCCCAAAUCCCCUUUCAAAUCCAUCCCAAGUUCUCCCUUUAACUCCACACCACCUCCGCUGUUGUCGUCCCAGACCAGUCUCAACAGUCACAGUGACAGUGUUAACAACCUCUUUGCUUUAGCUGAUGAGCAAUUCCCUAUCUCUGGUAUUUUUGACACCUCGACGGAGAGCCGUAUGUCGGUGAGAAGCGCCUUAACCCGUAAGCUCAUCGACGCCGACACCGCUCUGAAGCUGCUGGAAGCACAGGCGGCCUCCGGCGGAAUUGUCGAUCUCACCAAGAAGGACAAACUGUCGGUCCACAAAGCAGCUGAACACGGCCUCAUUGACAAUGCUCACAUGUAUAAGCUUCUAAACGCGCAGAAAGCGUUCACCGGGAUUGAAGAUCCACUGACCAAAGAGCGUCUCUCUGUGGGAACGGCAGCGCAAAAAGGGUACAUACCCUCUGAAAAUGCCAGGUGGUAUAUUGAGGCGCAAUACUUGACCGGAGGUUUGGUCGAUCCCACCAAAGCUGGCCGACUCACUCUCCAAGAAGCCGAAGCAACCAACGUGAUCGAUAGCAAGACUGCCGAAGAGCUACAGAAUGAGGCCACCUACCCAAAAAUUCUGCUUGACCCCAUCAGCAAAGAGAAAAUCUCAUAUAAGCAGGCGAUGGAUAAGUGUAAGCUUGACAAAAGCACAGGACUAUUGCUCCUCCCUGCAGCCUCGAGUGAUGAAACCGAUUCUCCGUCAUACUCCAACUUUCGCUUUGUUUCAGGUCGCAACAGAAUCUGA